AUGAUUUCAGCUAAAUCUAAUCAUAAACAGAUCUCAAACGAGAAAUCGCCAUUAGGUACUACAAUAACCACAUCAAGCAUAAACGAAUCAUCUAGUUCAAGUCUACAAUCAAGAUUCACCAUGUCGUCAUCAUCAGGAGAUGCAUUAGAUACCACAGAACAGAUCACUAAUCCACAUAAAUUGUACGCCAUCACUAAUGAAUCUACACAUGCAUAUUCUUAUAAUCCAUUAUCACCAAAUUCCCUAACAGUCAGAUUAAAUAUAUUAAAGAGAACUUUACAAGUAUUGAUAAAAAAUCCAGAUAUGUUAAGAGAACCAUCUCAAGUAGAUAAUCAUCAUCAUCAUAAUAAUCAUAACCAUACAAGACAUAAUACGGAGUUGUUUAAUGGGAACCAUAGAAUAGCGACAUUGAAUGCAUUUGUAAACAAUACCCAAGGAAAUGAUCCUAUUACUCUGGGAACCAUCAAUGGUUCCGGUUCCUUAAAUGGCUCUUCAGGUGCCUCCACACUUGUAUUUAAACCACCUAUUGGAAGAAGAUCCAUAUCGUCAUUAGCAUAUAUACGUUCCGAAGAAGAAUCUGAGGAUUCUGAUACUGAAACAUUUAUUAGUUCUGUAAGAGAACCUCCAUUAAAACCAACACUAUAUCAAAAUAAAGAAGCAAGUGACUCAUCAGAAUUGAUUCAAACUCAAAGAACAGAAUUAUCAGACUUAUUACAAUUUUUAAAUGAAACAUUAGAAAAAAAUACUUCAUCAAAGGCCUCCGAUUUACAUCAAUUAUCCCUUUUGAAUAUCAAUAAAGUAUUCAAUUCUGCCAUGAAUGACCAAACAACUACUUUACACAUGAAAAAGACUUUAUUAGAUAGUUUGGCCGAACCAUUUGUUGAACAUAUGGAACCUUAUGUUGGACAUAAUAUGAUAAUUGAGGAUAAGAUUCGUAAUAUUAUUAAUGCAUUUACUUCCGCGAAGAAUUCUCAUUCAAUGGCCAUAUUUACCGCAGAACAGGAUUAUCCAUGGUCAUUUAAAUCUGCCAACGAUUUGACUUGCUUGAAUUUUGGUGUAAGUAAGAAGACCAUUAAGAUUCUAACUUUAUUAGACUUGAUCCAUUUGGAUGCCAGGGACUUCGUCAUAGCGAAGUUGACAAGUCUUGAUAUAAGAGAUAAUGAUAUGGUAAUGACGGGAGAAAUUAUUCCUACCAUCUCUAACGGCCAAUUAUCUUGGAGUUCAUUAUGGAUUAAAAAGAAAAAUGACAUGUUGGUUUGUGUCUUUGAAAAUGUUCCUUGUGAUUUCAUGGAUUUAUCCUUAGAUUAUAAUAAUGGUUUCAAGAUUAAAAAAAUACAUAAUGGUGACAACAAUAAUUUGUUAAUUCAAUCUUCAACGAUACCGACUCUUGAACAAGUAAAUUUAAUGAAUAUUAACGAGAAGAAUCAAUUAAAUACCGCAUAUUUCAGUAAAUCAUUGAAUAACUUAAUCGAAUCUGGGAUAGAAGAAUAUCACGAUGAUGAUCCAGAAGAGUUAGCCAUGAUCGUGGCUAAAGAAAUUAAUUCAAAAAGAUAUUUCACUUUGAACCAUUUAUCAUCUAAUAUCCCAUGCGCCAUCGCAGCUUCAGUGUUAAAUGAUUCUUUGAAGUUGAAAGUUCAUAGUCUACCUUAUCAAUCAGGGUUGUUUAUCCUAAAUAUGGAUAAUAAUGAUCAACAAUAUAAAAUGGUAAGUUUUAACAAAUCCAUUUCGAAGAAUUUAUUUGGUUAUCGUUAUAAUGAAUUGAUUAAUGAACCAAUUACCAAGAUAAUACCCCAUUUUAAUGAAAUUGUUCAAUACAUUACCGAAAACUACCCAUCUCUAGAUAUUAGAUCUAAUGAUAAUGAGGGUCUUAUCCUCACCGAGCAUUUCUUUAGAAAGACACAAUCUAGGAUGGCUGGUAAUCCUCAAGGUUUCUAUACUUCUAUCGGUAUAGAUGGCCAACACAAGGAUGGCUCUUUUAUUAAGAUAGAUAUCCAAUUACGUGUCAUCAAUGGUCAUAUCCUGUCCCUGUGGCUAACCCACUCAAGAGAUGUUAUUUUUAAUGAAUAUAAUACUAUCCCAUCUCAAUUGCAUAUAAUGGAACAAGAACAAGAAGAAAACUUUCAAACGUUAAUGAAGGAAUUAACACUAGGUGACGAUUACCCAGAAAAUGAAACAAUUAUCGAAGAUAUCAAAGAGGAGUCUGGUGAAGAUGAAAUUAUAGAUCAAUCUGCAGAAGCCUCCUCUUCUAUAGCUGAUACCAUGAGAGAAAGUGAUGAAGGGUUCGAAAUGAGAGUUAGAGUUGAAAUUGCCAGAAAGACUGUUGUCACUGACAAAUCAAAUUUUGUUAACUCUAAUUCUUUCAGACUUGACGAGGACAAGAUAAACACUCCUUUACAACCUCAAGAAUACCCAAACUUAGCUGCAAUUGGUACUAAUAGAAGGACCACCAAAUUUUCUGAUUUUAGUAUAGUCAGAAAGCUAGGUGAAGGUGCGUAUGGUAAAGUUCAUCUUUGUAUCCAUAACAAAACCAAAAAAUUAGUAAUAAUUAAGUCUAUCGUGAAAGAGAGAAUUCUAGUUGAUACCUGGGUUCGUGAUAGACAAUUGGGUACUAUCCCAUCUGAAAUUGAUAUUAUGGCCAAGUUUAAUAAUGAUCCUCAUGAUAACAUUCUUAAGAUCCUUGGGUUUUUCGAAGACGAUAGUUAUUAUUACAUUGAAAUUGAAAGACAUGGUGGAGAACUUGGUUGUGUGGAUCUAUUUGAUUUAAUCGAAUUCAGACAGAAAAUGACUGAACAUGAAUGCAAACUGAUUUUCAAACAAAUUGUAUUAGCCAUAAAGCACAUGCAUGACCAUGGAAUUGUCCAUAGAGACAUCAAGGACGAAAAUAUAAUUGUUGACACCUACGGUUUUGUAAAGUUGAUUGAUUUUGGUUCAGCAGCCUAUGUGAAGAGUGGUCCCUUUGAUGUGUUUGUUGGUACAAUAGAUUACGCUGCACCUGAAGUUCUAAAUGGGAACCCAUACAAAGGUAAACCCCAAGAUAUAUGGGCUAUCGGUAUCUUAUUAUAUACUAUGAUAUUCCAUGAAAAUCCAUUUUAUAAUGUCGAUGAAAUACUUGAAGGAGAACUGAGAUUCAACAGCGAAAAGAUAAUCAGCAAAGAAUGUAAGUCCUUAAUCCAGAGAAUUCUUAAUCGCGACAUCGAUAGUAGACCAGAUAUCGAUAAUAUUAUAACCUCUGAGUGGUUAAAAGAUUGCAUGACAUAG